CUACUGACUACUGUCAAUCUAAUGUGUUCAUAAUAACACAAGACUACAGCAACAAUUAACUGAAGUUACAGGCUAUUUAUUAAAUUGUGUCGCCAGCUCCAGGUAGGCUACAAAAGUUGCACAAAUAGAUUUGCAAUGAUUCCAGUUAUAUCAUCAUUUCAACAUAUUUAUUCUAUCAAAUGGUAUCCUACAAUGGCAUAUACAUUAAUAGGCUAAUAAUACUUGAUGGCCAACAGAGGCAAAUGUAUAAUUCUCCACAUUUAGCCUAACGGAAGUGUCAUUGAGGACUUGUCCACAUAAAAAGAACCAUGCGAGGGAGUUUCAUAACCUCCAUUUCAAAUUUCCACUCGGGCAGCCCCCGAGACCCAAGAACAAAUCAUGCAUGAAGCACUUGGCUUGAUACCGUUUUCUUUAAGCAGUCAACAUCAGAAUUAAGCAAUAAGGCACGAGGCGGUGUGGUAUAUGGUCAAAAUACCACGGCUAUGGGCUGUUCUUCACACUCACUCAGCAACAGCCUGCUCACUGCCUGACAGUCAGCAGCAGGUCGCAGUGAAAUAUAUAUAUAUUAUUUAAGAAACAACUUUGAAAUAGCUCCAAAAAUUCGCAACCAAUACAUUUUCACCAGCGACAUCGUUUACAAAGUAUCCCAAUUUGUAUGUAAAACCUCAAACAUGGAAACACUGCCCUAUGUCUUGGAGAUGCAAUGCAAUUACGUUGCAGGCAAUUUCUUGGGGGGGGUGACACACGUUUAACAACCCAGAUGCAAUUGUGUUGCAAGAAAAAUAAAUUGGUCCAGAUUGUUUCGCGUGGCAUCGGUUUAAUAAGGCUGCCAUUACACGACGCAACUUGUGUUGCAAGUUUAGUUGCUCCGUGAAACACCCCCCCCUUGCAACUAGCUUGCAUCCAGUUGACACGUUUCAAUCAGAGCUGCAAGCGACAGCACAAAACAAACAUCCGGGUCACAUGAUCCAUUCCAAGGUUCAGAGUUCAACCCGGUUGUCAUGUCAACACAGCUGUCAGUGCUGCUCAGCACAACCCGCAAAAAAAUCAUCAAAAAUCACAGAACAGAGACUAGCAAUAACAGUAGAUGUAUGGAAAUGGGAUUGUACAUGGUUUUAGCAGUCAAAGAAAUAUACUUUCGAAUAGAACCCAAACCUCUACCUGACUAGUUUGAACUGAAAUUGUCCACCAUUAACUGUGCUAGCUAGCUUAGUUCGAUGCUAGCUCCAUGCUAACUCCAUGCUAGCUCCAUGCUAACUCCAUGCUAACUCCAUGCUAGCUCCAUGCUAGCUAAAUGAGUACAGGCUGCAUAGACACCCAGAGCUUUGUGCUAAUAGCGGGUUCUGGCGCCACUCGGCGGCGAAGCCAUAGAUACCGAAAGAAGAGCAUUGCCUAGCAACGAGAAAGGUAAACAAGCUCUUGCGCCAUAGCUAGUAGAGUUAGCAACCGCUCUCAACUCAACUUAUAAAGACUUAUUUUUUUGCUUGCAAAUAACGUAUUUGGAGUUUUUUUGUUAAAAAAUUGUGUUCUCAGAUGGCUGGCAAAAAGAAAGAAGUAAGCUUGCAGGCGUCUGUCUCAAACCAAGAGCAAUGGGAUGAGAUGCUUGCAACUAAAGGUUUAACAGUUGUAGAUGUGUACCAGCAGUGGUGUGGUCCAUGCCGUGCUGUUGUCAGCUUGCUGAGGAAGAUCAAAAAUGAACUGGGAGAUGACUUGUUACAUUUUGCCACAGCAAAAGCUGACAGUAUCGAUGCUCUGGAAAGGUACAGGGGGAAGUGUGAGCCCACCUUCCUGUUCUAUGGGGGGGGAGAGAUGGUAUCAGUGCUACGGGGGGCUAACGCUCCUCUCCUCCAGAAGAUGGUGUUGGAGGAACUGGCCAGGGAGAAGACUGUCCUGGAGGAGGGAGGGGAACGCAGAGUGGUGAAAGAUGAAGGUUUGAUAGAUGAAGAAGAGGAGGAGGAGGAGGAUCAAAGUGAUGAAGAUAUACUUGUUCCAGACAGUAAAUCAUACACGGUGGCCAUCAUCAAACCAAACGCUGUGGCUCACGGCAAAGCUAGUGAGAUUAUCAUGAAGAUUCAGGAUGCCGGGUUUGAGAUCUUAGCCCACGAGGAGAAAACGCUGAGCGACUCUGAAGCACGAGGUUUCUACCAGAACAAAGUAGGAGAGGCCUGUUUUGAGGACCUGAUCCAGUUCAUGUCCAGUGGCCCCUCUUACAUCCUGUUGGUCUCUCAGAGGGAGGGGUCAGGUCAUGUGGUGCAAGCAUGGAGGGAGUUCAUUGGUCCAGCAGACAUAGAGGAAGCCAGGAGGGAUAAACCUGAGAGUGACGACAACCAUCAGGCCAGGAGGGAGCUGGCCUUCUUCUUCCCCAGCUUCAGGACUUCUUCCCGGGCAGAGCAGCACGAUGAGGAAGGGCAAGUGGAGAGGACACUGGCUCUCAUCCGACCCAACAUCGCCAGGGAGAGCGGAGAUGAGAUCUUGUCUCGUAUCCACGAGGCUGGCUUCACUGUGUCUCUCCAGAGAGAGGUGAUAUUAACAGAGGAACAGGCCAGACGGUUCUACAGACGACAUGUUGACCAGGACUACUUCCCUGCCCUACUGCACAACAUGACCAGUGGUCCUGUGUUGGCUCUGGCCCUGGCCAGGACAGGAGCUGUGGACCACUGGAGGAACCUUCUGGGCCCUAAAGACGUCAGCAAGGCCAGGGAGGAGCAGCCCGACUGCCUCAGAACCCAGUUCAUGGUGGCCAGUGAGGACAGUGAGCCCCAGAACCAGCUGAACCAGCUCCAUGGCAGUGCCAGCAGAGAGGAGGCAGAGGAGGAGAUUGACUUCUUCUUCCCUAAACAGCAGACUCUGGCCAUCAUUAAGCCUGAUUCCAUGGACGAACAUAGAGAGGAGAUCCUGGGGGAGAUCCGUGCUGGGGGUUUCUCGAUAUCUCGGCUGAAGGAGACGGUGUUGUCCAGAGACACGGCUGAGGAGUUCUACAGGGAACACAGAGACAAACCGUUCUACGGCCAGCUGGUUGACUUCAUGUGCAGCGGCCCCUGUAUGCUGCUGGUGCUGACCAAGGAAAAUGCUGUGGAUGAGUGGCGGUCCAUGAUGGGCCCCACAGACCCUGGCCUGGCCCAGGUGACAGCCCCGGGGUCCCUGAGAGCCCGCUUCGCCUUAGACAUCCUCCACAACGCCCUUCACGGCUCCUCCAGUCAGGAGCAUGCCCAGGAGAAGAUACACUUCCUGUUUGGUGAUAUCAUCACCUCAGACGGAGACCUGACCAGCAAUGGGGAACUGGAUCCCACAUCGCUAGGAAAGCAGCAGGACAGUUUUGCAGAUCUCAUGGCUUCAGACAAAUCAGGUUGUACAACUGCAGAAAUGACAGAACAUGUUGAAUCAGGAAGUCCAGAGAGCCAUCAAGAGCAUGUUGAAUCAGGAAGUCCAGAGAGCCAUCAAGAGCAUGUUGAAUCAGGAAGUCCAGAGAGCCAUCAAGAGCAUGUUGAAUCAGGAAGUCCAGAGAGCCAUCAAGAGCAUGUUGAAUCAGGAAGUCCAGAGAGCCAUCAAGAGCAUGUUGAAUCAGGAAGUCCAGAGAGCCAUCAAGAGCAUGUUGAAUCAGGAAGUCCAGAGAGCCAUCAAGAGCAUGUUGAAUCAGGAAGUCCAGAGAGCCAUCAAGAGCAUGUUGAAUCAGGAAGUCCAGAGAGCCAUCAAGAGCAUGUUGAGCAGGCCACAUCCACGUCAGACACACCUAGUGUCACAAGCAAAGAAGGGGAAGGUGAUCAGACACCAGUCUGAAGAAGAAGGAUCGACAGAUCCCCAGGACAGAUCCUCCCCAGUAGAGAUCCCCAGGACAGAUCCUCCCCAGUAGAGAUUCCCAGGACAGAUCAUCCCCAGUAGAGAUUCCCAGGACAGAUCAUCCCCAGUAGAGAUUCCCAGGACAGAUCCUCCCCAGUAGAGAUCCCCAGGACAGAUCAUCCCCAGUAGAGAUUCCCAGGACAGAUCAUCCCCAAGACUCUGAUCAUCCAAGUUAAGACUGGAUGGUCGUCGUCUUUCAGAUAUAACAAAUGAACAAUACCACUUGCAGGGCUGCAGUACAUUAUCAUGUUACUUCAUUUGAAUGUUGUGAAAAAUGAAAUAAAAAUCUUAUUGCGGAUUUUUA